AUGGGCACUCCCAACCAAACCAACUCCUCCGUCCCAUUCACCGACCCCUCCGUCUGCCGAAGCUUCCUGGUUGGCAUGUGCCCGCACGACCUCUUCACGAACACGAAGCAAGACCUGGGCCCGUGCAAAAAGACGCACCUAGAAUCCCACAAGGCAGACUACGAGCGCGAACGCGCCAACAAGCCAUCCAAGGAUCUCGGCUACGAGUACGACUACCAACGCGACCUGCAGCGCUACAUCGACGAGUGCAAUCGUCGGAUCGACGCCGCGCAGCGACGACUCGAUAAGACGCCGGAUGAGAUCACGAAGACGAAUUCCCUGCUGAAGGGGAUUGCAGACUUGGAUGGGAGUAUUAGCUCCGGAUUGCAGGAGGUUGAGGUGCUCGGUGAGACGGGCGCGAUUGGUCGCGCGCUGGACGAGUGGCAUAAGGUUAAGGUUGCGAAGAUGGAGAAGGAGGGGAAAGAGAAGGAGUUGAAGUUGCUUAGUGAUAGUGCUGGACCCUCUGGUCACCAGAAGUUGCAGGUUUGCGAUGUGUGUGGGGCCUACUUGUCCAGGUUGGAUAAUGAUAGGAGGUUAGCAGAUCAUUUUUAUGGCAAGAUGCAUCUUGGAUAUGCGCAGAUGAGGUCUACGUUGAAGAAGUUGCAAGAAGAAUUGGCUGGAAGGGGACCUCCACAGGGACAGCACGGCAGGGACUUCCGCGACAAUGAUAGGGGCUUUCAUGACGGUGGUUACUCGCGAGAGCAAUCCGGUGGUGGUGGCUACCGUGGCGGCUUUAGAGGUCGCGGGGGUGGCUAUCGUGGUGGCAGAAGCGGCGACGGCGGGGGGGGGUGGGGCGGUCGUGGGGGAGGUGGUGGUGGAUACGGUGGCAGAGGUGGUGGUGGGGGUGGAGGUCAUAGAUGGUAA